AUGUCGUCAAAUGCGGCCCAAAAACUCAAUGCAUUACCCAUCGAUUAUGCACAUAAAAACAUAAGCAAUGGUACAUCUGAUCCAACCGGUGAUGUCGACUAUACCACACUAGAAGUGCUGACCAGUCUCUGUAUGCUUACCGGCAUUUUUCAAUUUGCGAUGGGAUUCAUACAACUGGGCUCACUAUCAGUGAUAUUAUCGGACACAUUGGUGUCGGCCUUCUCGACGGGCUGUGCCAUACAAGUGGCCACAUCUCAGCUCAACAGCCUAUUCGACAUACAUGUGCCCAAAAACAAGGUCUACGUUAAAUGGCUGCCAUUCAAGAUGGUCAAUGACUGGAUCGGUAUAGCGGAACAGUUAGUCCAUACAAACCUGGUCACACUAGGGCUGUCAGCUUUCGGUAUCGCGCUGUUAGUGUUUGUGAAGGAAUAUAUUGAACCAAAAUUGAAGGCAAAAUUCAAAACCAAUAUACCCUUUCCCAUCGAUAUAAUGCUUGUGAUCGGUUUUACUAUAUUCUCAUGGCUUAUGAAUUUGCACACUAAAUAUCAAGUGGGUAUUAUGGGAAAUAUACCAAAAGGGCUACCGGCGCCAAAGCUGCCACGACUUGAUCUGUUAUCGUCGAUAAUAAUGGAUUCACUGGUGAUAGCGAUCGUGGCGUUCGCCGUCUCGCUAUCGUUGGCCAAGAUUUUUGCCAAAAAACACAAAUACAAGAUCGACGCCAAUCAGGAGCUCAUAGCCCUCGGGAGUCGAUAA